AUGGCUUCUGAUCCCUUCAACGGGAGCUCCUCCUCCUUCAUCCUGCUGGGUGUCCCCGGCCUGGAAGCUUUCUCCACCUGCCUGGGCAUCCUUUUCUGCUCCGCCUACGUCCUCGCCAUGGCAGGAAACGGGGUGGUUUUGCUGGUCCUGGGGCUGGACAAGGCCCUGCAGGCCCCCAGCCAUUGCUUCCUGGGCAUGCUGGCAGUCGUCGACGUGCUCAUGGUCACGUCUGUCAUCCCCAGGAUGCUGAGCGUCCUCUGGCUGGGCUCUGCCGAGAUCGGCUCCGUGGCCUGCUUUGUGCAGAUGUUCCUGGUGCACUCCACGACAGCCGAGGAGUCAGGAGUGCUCCUGGCCGUGGCCUUUGACCGCUACCUUGCCGUCUGCCACCCUCUCCGGUACCGCUGCAUCCUGACCGGCCGAGCCAUUGCCCAGGUGGGCCUGGCCAUCGUGCUGAGGGCUCUCCUGUUCACGGUGCCCCUGAUGGUGCUGGUGACGUCCCUGCCCUACUGCGGCUCCCGCCCGGUGCCCCACUCGUACUGCGAGCACCUGGCCUUGGCCGGCCUGGCCUGCGCCGGCCCCGGGCCCAGCGGCCCCUACAGCGUGGCCUGGUCCUCCCUGGUAGUGGGGACGGGCCUGGCUUUCAUUGCCGUGUCCUACGGGGUGAUCCUGAGAGCUGUCCUGGGGAAGGAGCCCGGCUGGAAGGCCCUGAGCACCUGUGGGUGCCACCUCUGCGUGGUGCUGCUGUUCUACGUCCCCGGGAUCGUGUCCAUCUACUGCCAGCGGUUCCCCGGCGCCGUGGCCGCGGGCACGCGGGUCCUGCUGGCCGACCUGUACCUGGCCCUGCCCGCCACGCUCAACCCCCUGGUGUACAGCGCCAGGAGCCGGCAGCUCCGCCGGGCCCUGCUCAAAGUGCUCCUCCCAGGAGGGUUUGUGCCUGGUGCAGGGGUCCGUGGUUCUCCAGGAGCAUUCGUCUCUGCCAAGGCAGCCCAGGGAGUGCGGGAGGUGAGCAGGGGCCGGGAGGACUUUAAUGAACUUUAA